AUGGAAGAGAUGAAACGCCUUCAAAAGGUUUACCAAUUAUUUGCAGAAUCACCUACGGAAAGAGUUCCCACAGAGAGGCUUGGAGAUAUUCUAAGAUUUGCAGGAUAUAUCAUAUCUGAAGGUUAUGCAGGAGAGCUUAUGGCUUCUAUUCCUGGAGAAAUGUUUGAUUUCAACCAAUUGGUAGACAUAUGUGAAAGAAUCAGAGAAAGGGAAAUAACACGUGAAGAGCUGCAGAAAUCCUUCAGAAGAUUGGAUGUAGAUAACACAUCGCACAUCGAUGCUGGAAAGCUGGUACAGAUUCUCUCUUGUGGGGAGAAUAAAUUUACUGAGGAAGAGAUCGAAGAGCUCUUGAACAUCCUAAGUCCUGAUGGUGAUGGAAAGAUCUGCUACGAUCUAGUCAUUAAGAACAUAUUUGGAUAUUAA